GAGAGACGAUAGCCUGAGGAACGAGUCUUAAACAUGCUGAAGCUCGACUCCAAGACCGACACCAGGAUCCUUCUGGACGCCAUCUCCAACGACAAGAUCCACCUGGCCAGGUUCAUCCUAGACGCUCUGGACGGGAAGAUCAUCGACUCCGAGACGGACGGAGCGCAGACGCCGCUGGUUUCCGCCGUGUUCCUGCAGGAUUCGGAGGCGAGGAGCAGGUUCAUGAAUCUCCUCUUGCAGAGAGGAGCGAGUGUGAACCGGCCGGACGAGAGCGGGCGUACGCCGCUGAGCUACGCCUGCGAGAUGGGAUUCCUGGAUGCGGUCAAGAUCCUGGUGGAGAACGGAGCCGAUCCCGAGGCGGCGGACUCCUGGGGGAAUACGCCGCUCAUGUACGCCGUCGUGGCCCGCCGUCCCGCCGUCGUGGAGUUCCUGGUGCGCGCUUUUAAGAGACUGGGACUACAGAUCGACCGGCAAAACAAGGUGGGAAAUUCUGCGGUGGAGGUGGCGAAGCAUCUCGGACACACGGAGUGUUUACAGGCGCUCCGGAGUCUCUCCAGGAGGAUUCAUGACGACGCGCUGGCUGAGAGGCUUUCCACCGUGAGCAUCGAUGAAGAUGAGAAGCCCAGCGAGAGAAAAGCUCCACCUGAAGACGGGACUCGCCUUCACGGCGGUUUGACCCGGAAAAAAUCCCUUGGUUUGCGGAACCGAAUCCAGUCGAUGGACUCUAUUGAGGAAUAUGAGAGGGAAAGUGAUGCGUUCUCAUCUCAAGGCCUCGUGUUCUCAUCAAAACCUCCACAUAAACACGCGGAUGAUCUGCGUAACAGCUCGAACCAUCUCUUGCCUGGCCUGUUUUACUCGCCGAGACCCUUCAAAACGCCAUGGAGAAGCUUCACUCCUGAUUCUCCUCCGUCGGGACCUCUUGGCAUUUUAUUAACUCCUUUCGGCUCCAAAAGCGCCAAAGAAGAGCUGGCGAAAGCCAAGAAACAUCUGCCCGUCCGGAGGUUUGAUGACCGUUAUUAUCAGAAGAGGUGCAGUUUACCGACGAGCGCUCUGGCAGCGGCGGCGGCCCCGGAGCGCAGCAAGAGCAAAUCCCAGCGGAAAUCCCCCGGGAACAGAUCCGUGAGCGCUCUCGGCGGCCGGCUGUUGAGGAGGUUCACGUUCCCGGAGCUCAAGCGGAGCGGCGGAGAGGCUUGUGGAUCUUCGGAUCCGCCCGGACACUCUAUCCCGAGGUCAGAGACGUUUCCCCUGGGAAAGAGCCAUCCUCAAGUGGGAAGCAAGCCAAGCAUCGACAGCAUUAGUGCAGUCAAGUGUGAGUUUGACUUUCAGUGUAAAGCUGCUCCUAAUUGCGUUUCCCUGCGCAAACCCGCCGAAGGACUGAACCGUGCGCGAGCAGCAGUGAAGCCCACGGCUGAUGAUGAUGAUGAUGAUGAUCGCGGGACGCGGGCUCGUGCCGCGCUGCAGUGCGGGGUCCGCGGAGUGUCCGAGCGCACGAGAUCUUCUCUUCAUGAUGGAGUUUCUCUGCGCUGCACUUCUGCUGCUCGGGAAACUGAGGAAAUCUGCGUUCAGUUGGAGUUUCUCCAGUGUGUUAGAUUAGACUUUAGUGUCCAGAAGAGAAUGUGUGUGUUUCUUGUUUCACUGCAGAGAAACUGUGUGUCUCAAACCCGCUGGACGAAACAAAGAGCAGCUCCGGACACAAUAGAACACAAUAGAAAUAGAGUAGAACAGGCGACACUCAUUAACUGCUCUCUGUCAGCGCUCAGUGUUUCUGCGGAGCAGGAGGUGGAGAAUCUCUCCGGGCUGUCAGCGAAUCCCGACCGGGAGAUUUUUGUGGUCCGGGAAAAUGAAACGACCUGCUUGAUGGCGGAGUUUGCGGUGAAAUUCCUGAUUCCAUACGAUGUUCUGGCGCUGAACGGAAUCGAUCUGAUAACGGAGCAGGCAUCCGUGUCAAUCCCGCGUGGAGCUCAGAUUGCUGGGAAAUGCGGGAACACCGAGUCGGAGCUCCACAUCUCAUGGAUCAAUCACGCCUUCACCUUCCGAAUCUUCUUCUCAAAGGAGAAACAUACGAUGGGCAGCGAUGGAAAAGCCAAGGAAACUGACGUGUGGAAGAUGAACAAGGUCCAGCUGGUUUAUGACACGUCAGAGAAGACACACUUCAUCAACGCUUAUAAUCCGGGGAAGCACACGGCCAGCACACACCUCCUCUCCGCGCUGGUCACCCCCGCUGGACGCUCGUACGUGUGUUCGGCUCAGCAGACGCUCACCAUGAUCUCCAGUGACCAUCAGAAGGGCGUCAGCGUCUUCAUGUACGACACACAGAUCCAGCCCUUCGACAUCGCCAGCGACUUCGUCUUCAGUGAACUUUACAUCUAA